AUGACUGACGUUGCAACCAAGCUCUGGUACAUCGUGCACACCUACUCCGGCUUCGAAAAGAAGGUGGAGGACUCGCUGAAGCAGCGCGUGCAGGCGUACGGCAUGCAGGACGAGAUCGGCGAGGUGCUCGUCCCGACCGAGGAUGUCGUGGAGAUGCGCGGCGGCCGGCGGGUGAUUACCUCAAAGCGUUUCUUCCCCGGCUACAUCCUGGUCGAGAUGCAAAUGUCCGAUCAGGCGUGGCACGUCGUCAAGAACACGCCGAAGGUGACCGGCUUUGUCGGCGCCGGAUCGAAGCCGACGCCGCUGACGCACGAGGAGGUGGAUCAGAUCCUCCACCAGGUGACGGUGGCGGCCGAGCAGCCGAAGCCCAGGUACACGUUCGACAAGGGCGACCAGGUGCGGAUCAACGAGGGUCCCUUCUCCAGUUUCAACGGUGUGGUCGACGAGGUGAACGUCGACCGCAACACGCUGAAGGUGAUGGUGACCAUCUUCGGGCGCUCCACGCCGGUGGAGCUCAACUUCCUGCAGGUGGAGAAGGUCUGA